CUGCGCUCCAGCAAGCGUUGAGCACAUAAUCAUGCGUUUGGUCUCUCCGGGUGUGGGAUGCUGUGUAAGUCCUCUGCAUACAAGUGGACAGGUGUAGCGUGCCGUGUUGAGUGGGACGAUUCAAAGAAAGAGAGAAAACGCCUAAACACUGUGAUUUUACCUUUUGUCUUUUUGUCUUUUCUGGUUUUGUUUAAACCUCUGCUACUACUGCUCUGUAUCUGCAGCCGCGCAGGGCUUCCCCCCCUCCCGCUGUAAUAUUUAUGACAAAACAGAGGCAAAUUAUUCUGGUCACGUUUCUGGCUGACAGCCGGCUGUCCUGGAGAGCGCUGGAGUGAAUCCGGGUCCAGUGUUGGAGGUAUAGCGCAGCGUACCGACACCUGCAGUAGGAUGUAAAAGGGAAUUCCCACUCAGCAAAGUGAAUCACCAAAGAUCUGGCCCUAUGACUGUCUCGUUCGAGCCAGAGGAAAGACAAAGGCAGAGCAUGGUCUGGUGUGGCCCCCACUGUUGCUAUGUGUGAAGGAGUGCCGUGGCGUCAAUGGAGACCGAAGGCUAUCGUGAACUCCUGGAGACCAGUGAUGGUCAGGGGGUAGGCCUGCUGGAUGGAGGGGGCGAGGUGGGGGCAGAGGAGGGCUGGAGCACCCCCUACCCUCUGGGCUUCCAGGUAUCUUUGACCACUGUGCUGAUACUGGAGCUGGUGUUGGGUUUCAGCAGCAAUCUGACCGUGCUUGUGCUUUACUGCGCCCAGUCCAAUCUGGUGGAUUCAGUCAGCAAUCUUGUGACAGUCAACCUCCAUGUCCUGGAUAUACUGGUAUGUUUGCUAUGUCUGCCACUGACUGUCGCUGUGAUCUUGCUACCAGCCAAUGGAAGUGGAGUCAGCAGCCUUGCAACGCUGUGCUGCUUUCAUGAGGCCUGUGUCACAUUCACUAGCGUGGCUACAGCAGUCAAUGUGCUGGUGAUCAGUUUGGACAGAUAUGACAUCUCAGUCCGUCCAGCCAGUCGCCUGCUGACCCCAAGGCGUGCAGCCCUGCUCCUUGCAGCAGUCUGGGCUGUGUCUCUUGCUGUUUUCUUCCUGCCUUUCCUUGAGGGGGACUUCUUCUCUUUGAGGGCUGAGGGCAGUGAGGACUUGGAAAGGCAGAAAAAUGAAUCUGAACUCAUCACUGGACUGAUGCCAUUUUUUUCCUCCCUCUCCCCCUCAUCUUUACCAUCAACUGAUCCUCCCUCCCCCUCACACCACCUGCCGCCAGUAUGGCAGAACAGGACACUGCUGUGUGUAGGCGGGCAGGGGUAUUACACAGGUCUGGCUAUGUAUUACCACUUGUUACUCCAAGUGCCAUGCUUUUUAAUCUCCGUAGUCGUCAUGUUAUUCACCUACUCCAGGAUCCUUCAGGCCCUCAACAUUCGCAUUGGCUCUCACAUGAUGAGAGGUACACGUAACAAGGACUCCACCUGCAGGAUACGCUGCAGGAGGCAGAGGAAGAAGGAAUUGAGCCUACCAACAGAGGUAGUAUCCUCCAACCAGAAUCAGAACCUCAGUCAUCCUCCUCUUAUCCCCUCACCCACCCCUACACCGACAUCACCCCCAGCAAUCUCCUCCAUGCCCCAGGGCAUGUCUGACAGUGGAGCAACAGUAACUACUGUCAGUACUGCUGCCACCACCCCCAUCGCCACCACACCAGCCACUCCUGCUUCUCCAACUCCAGCUUCAGCCUCAACCCAGACCCAAACCACCACCCCACUGCCAGCCUCCUCCAUGGGUGUACAGGCCUCAGUUUCUGCAAUCAUCGCCUUGAGGAGGGCAGUGCGUAGGCACAGGGACCGUCGAGAACGUCAACGUCGUGUCCUCAAAAUGUCCCUACUCAUCAUAUCCACCUUUAUGGGCUGCUGGGCUCCUCUGUCUGCAGUCAAUAUUCUGAUUCUGUGUCUGGGUCCCAGCGAUGGCCUGGUGCGGAUACGCCUCUGUUUCUUGGCAAUGGCUUAUGGAACCACUAUUUUCCAUCCUCUGCUCUACGCCUUCACCAGGCAAAAGCUGCGCCGUGCCCUCAAAACACGAGUAAAGAAAAGGGUAGUGUCCCUACUUCAGGUGGACCCAGCUCCAAGUGGGGGCACAGUUAUUCAUAACUCUUGGGUGGAGGGGGGAGCUCAGAGGAAGACUCGCAAGCCACGGGUGGAAGCUAGUGAUGGCACUGAUCGAUGCCUCACAGAGGCAGUGAGGGAAUGAGGCUAGUCUUGGUUGGUGUGUGGUUGUGAGUCUGAAUAUGAAGAAUUGAAUGCAUCCUACCAAUUUGCUAGAGAAGGACUGUGUGUAUAUUAAUGCAAGAAAAAUUAGUUCCAGGUAGUUUACAAAGGUCUGAACAAAUCCAAUGACCUAUGGUUCCAUUCAUAUGCAGGGCCAGGUGAGUCCUGAGCUCUCAUUAGAGCCCUCUUUCAGCUCUCCUUUCACAUGCCCUCAUUAGUCUACACCUGACUGACAAGGUGGCCACUGUGUCUCCAUAGCAACUCUGGACAACACCUUAGCCAUGGCUACUGAAAAUACUAGUGAAAACCCCACAUGCAGGAUAAGGGUUAUACUGUAUAACAGCAAACCGACAAACUAUUGCUCCUUUGUGAACUUUCAACUUGCAUGUGCCUGUAGUAUAUGCACAGACAGACAGGCAGACAUACACACUUAAACACAUACAUACACAUACACACACUUACUGCACACUGAUCUAUAUUUAGUCACUAUCUGUGAAAGCACACCAAUAUCUACCUGCACAGAUAUUCUCAGUGAGAAUAUUAUUGAAAGACUAGGUUUCUCUUUCUUUUCCCUAUUUUUGUUCAUGCCUUAAUUGGGUUAUUUAUAUGAUCUCAAGGUGCUGAAUGUCCUGCUGUAUGUUUACAACAAUGUAUCAGAGUAACAGUGUUUAUGCAUACUGUAUAUGGUAUGGCAAAUUAGCAGGUAAAUGCAAGCAUUCAGAUUCAAAGUUUACAGGCUGAACUUCCAGGAUACUGCAAAAAAAAAAAAAUCUGAUUUCAUUUAAGUACCAUAUUUUGGCAGAAUUUGUGGAGGUUAAACUUUAAGGCAUGAUUUUUUUUUUUCUGAAAUCAACUUUAAUUAACAGUUAUUAUGAAUAAGGCAAGGAAGUGUAGUUUUGUUUGGAAGUUUGCAUGUAUGAAUGUAAGGGUAAAUGAGUGUGUGCGUGUCCAUGACUAUGUGCAAUAAAUCCUGAGCAAAGCAAUGACCCCUAGGAUGUGAAAAAAAAAACAGAAUGUAAACACAGAAAUGUAGGUUUUCUACGAAUGGUUCGCAUAACAUGGAAGAAGGGAAAAGAAAAGGGACUUACUAUUAUUGUUAACAUCAAAAGCAAACUACCAGGAGCAAUUGUAACAACACAGUUCACUGUAACACUACUGAUAUUGUAUCACUUCAGUUUUUUAAAGUGGAAAUCAAAAGGGCAACAUUUUGUAAAAAUGUCAUCAAAAUUGUGUCACUAAAGAUAAACAAGCAUCUUUAACCAGAGAAAUCCAUUAAAUCUGCCUUGGGACUUUACUUUCUGUUGGCUAUUUGAGCUCUUGAGGCAGUGUCACUGCUUUUGGCAGCAUUAAGGACGACUGCAAAAGCAGACAGGUGUCCUGGACAUAUUACAAUAUAUCUGUGUCUCUCUAUCUCCUCAGGGCUUUGUGUCUCAUAUCCAAACUUGCUGGAAAUGAAACAAUAAACCAGCCCUCAAUCUACUCUUGUAUAAUGGGUGUUACAGUAGGUAAAGAUUUAUGUCAUUAAG